CAUCUUCGGUUGACCCGCCAUCUUCUUCUCGAUUUAUAGAAAGGGAAAAAGUAUCUGUACUUCAUGAAACGUAAAUUUUGAUAUUUUAUUAAAAUAGAUUUAGUGCGAAGAAAAGAAGUAAAUGUGUUACUAUUUUUAAUUCUUUAUCAUCUGAUACUGACAUAGAUAUUAUAAAUAUAAUUUAAUUAAGUAUACAUAACAUAAAAAGAUCAUUUAUAUUAUAACCUAUAAAAGUGUGCAAUGAUUGUUGCACUUUAUUUAUGAUCUUUUAUUAUUAUCCUAAUUUGAUAAAAAAUGCCAAGAAAACCCAGCAAAACUUCAUGGGGUGGUCGUGGUGGAAGAUCUGGAAAUUUUGACGAUAAACAUUAUUUCGCCCAUGAUGAUCGUGUACCAAGAAAUGAUGGAUCUUUAUAUCUUGGAAAUAGACCUAGAGUAUCAUUUAAAACACAAGCAAGACCAGCAAGGGAUGUGCCUAGAGGAUUGGCAUUAGCAUGUUUAGAUGAAGAUGUUCAAAUGGCAACAAGUUCUAAUAAUAAUAAUAGACAAGUUAUCAUGACAGGAAGAAAUAGAGGUAUACAACGUGGAAGAAAUAGUCCUGUGCCUCAUAGAAGAUUUAGGAUGGCUCCUAGAAUUAGACAAUUUCCUAUUGGAGAUUCUAAUUGGUAUAAAAUUAUAAUACCAUAUGGACAUAAAUAUGAUAAAGAUUAUAUAAUUAAUAAUCUUUUGAGUUAUAUUGCACCAGAAACUUUUAUUCCAUUUAUGUAUAAGGUAGUUGGAAAUGAAGCCACUUUUUAUGUAGAUGAUAACAAAAUAGCAAUGGCAUUAGCUGAUUCUGAUCGUAAAAUUACAACUACUGAUGGAUUUAAAUUACAAGUAAGAGUUUCAAAAGCAGGAUUUCCACAAUGUGAAAUUGAUAGUAAAUUGAAAGAAAGACUGAAACAAGCAAUGGCAAAACGAUAUGUACAUGAAACAAAUGCAUUAGAUUUGUCAAGAUUUCAUAGAGAUCCUGAUCUUAUUACCGAUUAUUUUUGCGCACUAUUUCGACCUGUAAUGUUAAAAGCAGUGUUAGAUAUUGUAUCAGAACACAUACCAGAUUUAGAAGCACUAAAUUUAGAUGGAAAUAAAUUGCAAUUAAUCGAAAAAUUAAAUGUUUUGGAUAAAAAAUUUACAAAAUUGAAAAUAUUAUAUUUAGGAGAUAACAAGAUAAAAGAUAUUAAUCAAAUAGAUACAAUUAAAGAUUUAAAGUUGGAAGAGCUAAAAUUAGAAGGAAAUCCUGUAUGCAACAAGUAUAAAUCUCGACAAAAUGACUACAUUAGCGACGUUCGGAAACGGUUUCCCAAACUCCUGCGACUGGAUGGUAUGGAACUUCCAAAACCAAUAUUAUUCGAUGUAGUGGAUGAAGGAAACAAAAUGCCUCCCUCUCAGAGAAUGUUUGUUGCAAAUGCAAAAGCGCAAGAAAUUGCUAGUCAAUUUUUGCAACAAUAUUUUCUCAUUUUCGAUAGUGAAAAUCGUCAACCAUUGUUAGAUGCGUAUGUCGAACAUGCGUGUUUUAGUAUGACUAUGUCUUACACUCAUAGUACUAAUAAAUUGAAUGGAUAUCUAAUGGAAAAUAGAAACUUGUAUAGAAUAAAUGAUACAAACAAAAGACAGAAGUUAUUGAAACAGGGACGUUUGCCGAUAGUUUCAUUUAUUUCUGAAAUGCCACAAACUUCUCACUACCUAAACACAUUCACAAUGGACAUCAGUCUAAUUACAGAUGGAAUGAUGUUAACUACAGUCACAGGACUAUUUAAAGAACUCGAUAAAAAAGAGCAACCUAUUCGUUAUUUUAAUCGAACCUUUAUAAUAGUACCGGAAGGAAGUGGUUAUUGUAUUCGAAAUGAGCAAUUACAUAUCAGUCAACCUACAGAUACACAGUUAAGACAAUUGAAUAAUCAGAAUUCAGAGACACAAAUAACAAAUCCAGGCUCACAUACUCCUUCGAGUAGUGGCACUGCAAAAUCUUUGUCAGUACAGUUACCUGAAGACGUAAAACAACAAAUGACGAUGACACUUAGCCAACAAACAAACAUGAAUUUAGAAUGGAGUUUAAAGUGCUUAGAAGAAGUGUUAUGGAAUUAUGACAAUGCGCUCUCAGCGUUUCAAGAAUUCUACAAGCGAGGACAAAUACCAGCAGAAGCAUUUAACAAAUAAGAUGUGGAUAAAUAACAUGUGGAAAAAAGUAAGAUUCAUAGAAAUUUCAAUUAUUCUUUUCUACUGCAUGUAUUUACAAAACAUACAGUCUUAUAUUGUAAUUUGAAUAGAUAUGCAGAUUUUAUUUUAAUUUUUUUUUCCUUCUAUUAAAACAAAAAAAUUAAUUUUAACGAAUAAUGUUUGUCAUAUAUUGCAAAUUGACAUAAGUAUCCUUUUUUGUUCCUUUUCUUUUCUUUUUUUUUUUCU